AUGCGUCUAUUACUUGUUGGACUUGAUAAUGCAGGAAAAUCGACUAUUUUAUCGAGAAUUAAUGGUGAAGAAAUUGAUUCCGUUGCACCAACACUUGGAUUUAACAUAAAAACAUUUAAUUAUGCUGAUUAUGUACUUAAUGUUUGGGACGUGGGCGGUCAAAAAUCGCUUCGAUCAUAUUGGCGCAAUUAUUUCGAAGCAACCGAAGCAAUUAUUUGGGUUGUUGAUAGUGUUGAUAAAAUGCGAUUAGGUGAAUGUCGUGCUGAACUUCAAGAAUUACUUAAAGAAGAACGUUUAAUGGGUUCAUCUCUUCUUGUAUUUGCUAAUAAACAAGAUAUAACUGGUGCAUGUUCAUUACAAGAAAUUCGUACAUUAUUAGAACUUGAUUCUAUACAUAAACAUCAUUGGACUGUUAUGCCAUGUUCAGCAUUAACUGGUCAAAAUCUUUUAGAAGGAAUUGAUUGGCUUGUUAAUGAUGUUGCACAACGACUUUUUGAUCCUGAUUAA